AUGAAGUUAAUCAUCUCUUUUAUUCUGUGUUAUGCAGUUUUACAUAUUACUGCAAGUGAAGUUCAUUACAAAAGAAAAGAUAAUAUCAACAGUGUAGAAGAUGGAAUGCUGGGUUUUGGAUUGGAGUUACUUCUGAUUAAGUUAGAGGCGAUGGAACAUAGAUUACAGAAGAUGGAGAACAGAAUAGAACAGAGCCAUAAAGAAAUGUUUACCACGAUUCAGAAACUCGAACGUAAAGUUGCGCUUAGUUUUAGCGAGAUUCGAAAUCUAACCCAGGAGAAGGUGCAUACAACGUUGCAUAAACUCGAUAAAGACCUCGGAAAUGUGCUGGAAAUUCAACAAAGUGCCAUGCCGUCGUCUUGUAAAGAUAUUUCAUCGAAAGUGUCGCGAACAUAUUUGAUCCGUGUAAAAAGUGCUAGCACACCCUUCAAAGUGUAUUGCGAACAGAAAUCGUUCGGCGGUGGAUGGAUAGUGUUUCAAUACCGUUACGACGGAUCACUGGACUUUUACCGGGGCUGGAAUGAGUUCCGUGACGGAUUCGGUGAUUUGAACAAAGAGUUUUGGUUGGGUCUUGAGAAGAUCCACCAGAUAACAAGUGGCCGUAAACAUGAACUGAUUGUUGAAUUAAAAAACUUUAACGGAACAUACAAGUAUGUUCGAUAUGAUGCAUUCGAACUAGGUAGUGAGAGUGACCAAUACGAUGUGAAGAAUAUCGGAAAGUACAGUGGAACUGUUGGUGGAGAAGCGUCCUUUAUUAAGGGUUCGAAGUUCGCAACCAAAGAUCGGCAUAUUGAUGAAAUCGGCGGACAAUGUGCACGGCGCUACGAAGGUGCAUGGUGGUACACGAUUUUUUGUGCUUAUGCUAAUUUGAACGGGCGAUACAUGAAUGAUAUCAAUGAAAAAUCAAUGCAUUGGUAUUAUUUCAAAGACAACCAACAAGGAUUGAGUUACUCGCGAAUGAUGAUCCGCGAGGUGGAAUAGCGAUUCUAGUUGGAUCAACUGUAGGGUGCAUCGAAUGAACAAUUGACAAUGCUUCGUAACAAUAGAGAAUAAAAUUGAUAUUUUUUUUUUCAAAUAUAUUCCCGCAGGCCUUUUAAAUGAAGAACAUGUUGGAAUCCAAAAUUAAUCCGAAACACCAUUCUAGAUGUGAAAAAUAAAGAAAUAAAUGCGGAAAGAACUCAAUGAACUCACACUAGGCGUAGC